AUGAACCCAAGAAUUUCAGACUUCGGACUGGCCAGAAUGCUUGGUGGUGAUCAAACUCAACCAAAUACUGUCAGAGUUGUAGGAACCUAUGGGUACAUGCCACCAGAAUAUGCAUUGGAAGGGCGCUACUCUGCCAAAUCUGAUGUCUUCAGCUUUGGAGUCAUAAUUCUCGAGAUUGUGAGUGGGAAGAAGAUGACAGGUUUCCAGGAAGUAGAGGACUCCAUGAAUCUAUUAGGACAUCACAGCAAGUGUUCCCUGUGGAAAGGAGAUAUUUUCGAUCUACAACAGUUGUCUGAUGGAAGUGUUGACGAUAUUUACAUUCGACUAGCAGAGUUUGAGACACCCAACAAUGAGCCCGCUUCCCUGAUCAAUGGGUCAAAAAUUGGAGGUUCUAUCGGCAAUGGAAGCAACACCGACUCUCCCACAAGCAUGACAAGAACGGAAGACAUGAAAUGGCAAAACCCACCGCUAUAUGUCAGUAGCGGGGAACAAAUGAAUCGGUAUAAAGCUAUAGCAUUACCUCUACCUGACAUAUACAAUGCAAAGUGCUUGGAGGAAAUCGUGUCGAACAUGGGAUUGCCUGAGGGUGCUUCGCACAGAAAUGAAGGACAUGUUUUGAGGAAUCAGCCUCAGUUUGAUGACUAA